UUUCGCCUCGGCAAAAGACUUGUGCUGCGUUUAAAUAACUCUUAUGAGUAAACAAAGCUUCACAACAGUGGCUCAAGAACGCCUGGAAAAGCGCAAAUUUCGCAGAUGACGUCAUCAUCACAAAAGGAUCGAUCAAGAGAUUAGAAGGGAACUUUCCCAACAGCGCGGUAGAAUUAACAAGGUUACAUCCAUGAAAUUUUCUCAAAUUUAAGCGUACUGCUAUUGAGAUCGCUAAUGUCAACGACGCAAUCCCACCACCAUCUAAAAGCUGUAACAGCCACAGUAACAUUCUUAGGCCACAGAUGGAGGACUACAACAUAUUUUAUUGACUGUAAGUACAAGACAAGUACCUUCUGUGACCCAUUGGUUGAAAUGGUUUACGAAGAAAGGAAUCGAACACUUUUGAAGCAUAGUGAAGUAAACAAAACUCUAAUACGGGUCAUGAACACAUCGAUGAUUGGUAAGACGGAAACUUUUUGCGCGACGGUCAGCGAAUCCUUCCUGAAGUCGCCGCAUAAAAUGGACAUUAUAUUCGGUCUCAGUCGAUAUGUGUAUGUAAAGAGCAACUCUAUCGGCACCAGGUAGCGUAUUAUGCGCGAUGACUUCAAUAUACCAGUAAUAAACGGAAAUGAAGGGACCCAGUCGCCGCCAUCAUGGAAAACACUUGUUUUGGACUUUACAACUUUGCCGCCAAAUUUUGGACACAUUAGCUGUGCGUCCAAGAAGUUGCCGCCACCAAUGAAAGUAUAACGAUUUAGCAGCUGGUGUACAAAGGCCAAACUGGAAAACGAAACCCUCAUCGAAAUGAUAGUGUUUGUUCACAUCUCGACAACUCUUUAAGUCUCCACGUCUGCGGUAAGUUGAGAUUUUACUACCUUUGUGACAUUUUCUCAUAAUCAUAAGGUCUUUCAAUUUCACGAAGAGCAGGAAGAGAUAGCAGGCACGUGCCUUUGAUCUCUCUAAGUUCUUCCAAUUUCUCGGCGGGCUCUCGCGCAGCGCGUAGUGAUUUCGGCAACUUCGCGGUUUAGAACCUUGUUUCAGGAUGAGUGUCAUAUUCAUUUCUUCUUCCAUUUGAAACUUUCACCACAUUUUUACUAGCUUUGUUUGUUGCUUUGGAUAUAUAGCGUUUACCACAUAGGCCAUAUUCCAGUAUUCUCCAUGAUUUGUAGUAUGUUGCAGGGAAUGCAGAAUUUAUAUUUUAAUACUAAUCAGAGUUUUAUGGCAUUUUUUUCUCUGGUUAGUUUGAAUUUUUAAUUCUUAAAGGAAGCACAAGUACUUCUUUUGCCUAUCACGUCUUCAUGUAAGAUUUUCUUUUUGAAUUCUUCAUCAUUCUAUACUCAACAAGGAUGUUGCCUCUGCUUUCAUGCUCCUUCAUCUGUAUCUGAUCUCGUCGACGCUCACGGAUUCUUUCAUGUCCUCAAGCUCUAGCUUUACAUCCAAAACAGCUCAACCAAGUAACGUAGUACAGCUAAAGCGUUGUUGAAUUCUACAACAAACAAAAAUCUAAACAACAAAAUCAUAUAUACAGUGCAUCUACUCAGUGCCACAUAACAGGAAGAAGAUAGAGUGAAAGGUCUUGAAAGCAUUUAUCAAUCUUUUCCUUUUACGAUUUCCAUUUACCUUCACUGUUUUACACUACUCCCACUUUGAGGAUUUUCACGCCACUCAAACUGAGAGGAAAUGAAAAAACAAAAACAAAAACAAAAACAAAGAACAAAAACAAAAAUCGGGCGCACGAGCCAUACCAACCUCAAACAAAAUCCAUAUUCAUCAUGGACCACCAGGCCACGAGGUUCAAACUGUCCGGCAAGCAUGAAUGAAGAACUAGCCUAUCACCCCACGGCCGAACGCUAAACAAAAUCUAUGGGUCCACAUUGUCUGAUCUAAUGAGCCAACUGAGGGAAGAAAGGGACAAAUACUAUAGAUUAUAAUGACGAAAUACUGAUUCACACUGUGAAGGAAUCCAUAGGGGCCGGAUUGAUUUUAAUGAAACAUCAAUCUGCGGAAUUUCAUGAAAUUUUUUUGCAAUUGUUUUGCAGAAAACUUUACUUUGAAAUGCUGCCAGAAGAUGAGGAAAACCGACAGACAGAACAAGGAAACCCUUUUAGAUAUUGCUCGCAAGGAGAAUCCGAUCGAAGAUUGGUUGUAUUUGGAAACAGAAGUUGGUACGAAACAUCAAGAAGUGAUAUUUUGGCACCUGAAGGCCAACAGCCUGUAGAAAACAGUAACCAAGAGUUCCUCAUGGCCUUUCUGGCAUUAUUGAUCCUUUUGGCCUCCCUGGUGUUGUUGAUCCUCUUGGCCUUUCUGGCCUUGUUGAUCCUCUUGGACUUUCUAGUACUGUGGAUCCUCUUGGCCUUUCUGGCCUUGUUGAUCCUCACGGCCUUUCUGGCACUGUUGAUCCUCUUGGUUGUGCUUGUUUGGCUAUUUUGUUUGUAACUCGUAUUUUCGAUUGGUUACAAUAAGAUUUGCCUUUCAAGGGAACUCCAGGAACAGUUUAAUCAUGUAUUAAUUGGGUAUCAACUAGGUAAUAUUUGUCGAAGUAGUGAGCCAUUCACCAGAAACAUAAUUUAAGUAAUAUUGCCAACAAACGAAGUUUAUUAUUAAAGCAUUUAUGUCAUGUUAUCAAGUCUCUCUUUAAGAAUCUCGAAAAUCAUGUUGCUCUAUUCUGGUAGACCAGAUAGCUUGAUUGAAAAUUUUCCAAAUAUCUCUUACAAUAACUGUAGUUAUCAUAUAAGGGGCAAAAUUACUGAAUUGUGAUUGGUCAAGACAGAGGGCAUUUUUUCUUAA